AUGGCGCCUGUUGUUUUCAAUUCGUCGCAAGUUUUUCGGUAAGAAAAGCUUUCUUUUUAUAGUUUGUCUUGUAAAAAAAUCAGCAUUACAAACUUAAAUAACUAUUCCUUCCACUUGAGUUUUAAUAUUAGUUUUUUGUUGUUCUGUUUAGCGAAGCGGAAGUGUUGAAAUCAACUAUCACUGGUAAGCCUUUGAAAUUUUUUUGCUCGAUGUAAACAAUGCUUUUGGUUUGAUUUUUGGAACAAAGCUGAACAAACAGAAGCUUUUCAUAACAUUUAAAAGAAUUGUGCUAUACUUUUAUGCAAUAUAAUGUAGCAUUAAAGUAUUUUUGAUGCUCUAUUUCCCCCGUUUUCGACACACAUUUACAGUUAUUUUUUUUUUGAAUUCGGAUUUAUACGUCAUGCGAGUCGCUUGAAGGGUUUAAAUUUUAGGAUUAUGACAAAUGGCAUAUUUUUUUCAAAAUUUUUAAAAGAUCAAUAAUUACCUAGGUUUUUUGUACUUUAACUGCAAAUUUGCAAGGAAAUCUGGAGAAAUCUUGUCCACAAUGCAUAUGACAGAAAUAUUUGCUAAACAAUUAAUUGUAAUUAAAAUUGUCUGUAAUAACAAAGGUGUAAAGUUGCCUUGUAAUUAAUUGUAUUUCAUUGCAUCUCCUUACAUGGUGUUUUAAAGGUUGUGCAUAAAUGUAUCCAUCGAAUGCAUGUAUUUUUUAUUAUGAAUUUUUAUUUUAUAGCUACAAGAAAAGACGACUUUUCAGUUGGAGGAGAAUUGUGGUCCUCGUGCCAAAGGUACAAACACUUACAAUAAGCCAGUUCAAUAUUUUAAGUAUGCAUUCAAUUGGCAUGUUGGCCACGAUGAUAUUUCAGUUUCAUAUUACCAUUUGCAUUCAAGCGUUACCCCACGCACUGACAAAAAGUUGUUUCCGAGUUUUGCUACAAAUGUUGUGUGAUUGGUUAAUUUUUACAUUUCACAUGUCAAGAUAGUGAUGACAUGGGAUGUGUAACUUUGGGUUUUGCAAUGGUCAUUUUAUCCUUCAUGUUAAGUUUAGCCAGUAACAAACCGAAAAUAAAGUUUCAAGGACUAAUAUUUUGCCUAUCGUUUAACAAAAUAAAGGUAUUUUUUAACAAUAUUUGUAUUUUAAUCAUACAAUGAACAAAAAUACUAACUAAAACAGCAAAAGUGCCAAGGAUGUAUUUAUAAUUGUGGUUUAUGUUUAUUGUCUUGACUUAUAACGGAAGAGAAAAUGACUGUUGCAAAAUGCAAACUUACGCUCAAUGUCAUCACUAUUUUGACAAUGUGUGAAACGUAAAAUUGUCCAACCCCAACGUUGGCUGCAAAACCCAGAAACAACUUUAAUUGUGGCAUGGGGUAACACUUGAAUGCAAAUGGUAAUAUUUGUACAUAUCAGUCCACAAUGCAAUUUUCUCGCCAAUUGUUUAUAAACUUGGAAAUAGUUGUGAGUUGUCCCAAAAUCGCAUGUGGAUCAUUUGCAGUGUUCUUUUCUAAAGUUGUAAAAGUGAUGUGCAGAAAUACACAAGCCAAAACAGGGGUUAAAUGUUAAACGUUCUGUGCCGAUAAAGUUUCUGAUAUAUAUAGGGAUGCAACUACCGUACCUGUAAAAUACAAGGAGAAUUUCAACGUUUUGAAAUUAGUAACUUCCCAACAAAGGGGCUUCACUCGAAAUGUCGAAGUUCCCCUUGCCAUUACAUAAUGUUUUCAUUUGCAAGUAUGCGUCAUUUCAUAUCGAAAAUAUAUGUAAAUGUUUUAGUUUGCGAGACCUAUACAAGUCAAUAUUGCUGAGUGAUUUGAGUUAUGCAUUGGAAAAGAAAGUUGAACAAGAGCU